AUGUUCCAACACGACACGCUGGAGGCCAGCAGCGGCCACGUCGUCGUCACAGACGUGGAGGGCCCGGUGGUGAGGGAGCUGCUGGGCUACGUGUACACCCUCCAGGCCCCCCAGCUGCCCGACACGGCACUUAAGCUGCUAACUGCCGCUGACAAGUACGGCGUGUCCGGGUUGAAGGCUGCCUGCGAGCAGCAAGUGAUCACUCAGCUCACCGUGGAGAACGCAGCGGCCACGGCGGUGUUUGCGGUGAGGCAUUCCUGCGCGAGCCUGACGGCGGCCACAGUCGCCUUCAUAGGGGCCCACAACUUCCAGGUAAUGGCCACGCAGGGAUGGGCAGAUGCGAUGCGCAGCCAGCCUGAAGACUUAAUCGUAGUGAGUCGGCUGCUUGCUGACCCACCUGCAGAAACCAGGAGCCUUUCGGAAGAGGAGAGAGCCAGAAGGUUGAGACAGGCUGCUACGGAUGGGGCAGUGGAGGAACUGCGGGCUCUCCUCGCGGCAGGUGUGGAUGUUGGGGCUGGCGAUGAGAAGCUGCUGACUGCCCUGCACUGUGCAGCAAGGAAGGGACGUGUGCGGGCGGUGAGGUGUCUGCUGGAUGGUGGCGCCCGGGUAGACACCAGGAGCAAGUUGCAGAGCACGCCUUUACACCUGGCUGCGUGGAAAGGCCACGCGGCUGUGGUGCGGGUCCUGCUGGCCUCCUCUGCUGACCCCAACGCGAGGAACAGAUUUGGGAUGACGCCGCUGGACAGAGCGGCACGCCACGGUCAUGCAGAGGCGGCAGCUGCGCUGUUGGACGCAGGAGCUGACAGGAGUGCCAGGGAUAGCGGUGGGGAAAGCCCCCUGGACCGCGCCAGGCAGAACGAUCACCACGAGCUGAUAGAGAUGCUGACGUAAUAUUUACAGUCCAAUGAACAUACUUUGGGAAAAGGAAUAAUAAUCACUGCAUAGC